UUGCUACCGGGUGACGCGGGCUGGGCCCGCCCCCUGCCUGCUGGCCCCUGGCACUCACUCGCGCCCGCCACCGCCAAGCAGGUAGCAGCCGAGUCAGGGCCGUCCUGGGGGCGCCGCCGGCGUUGCCCACACCCUCCUCCGCGCCCCGCCGGGCCUGCUGAGCCGCCCCCAGGCCGGGGCCGCGCCAGACCAGGCCGGGCCGCGCCCGGGCGGGACCGCGCUGCCUGCAUGACCCUCCGGCGGCGCGGGGAGAAGGCGACCAUCAGCAUCCAGGAGCAUAUGGCUAUCGACGUGUGCCCCGGCCCCAUCCGGCCCAUCAAGCAGAUCUCCGACUACUUCCCCCGCUUCCCGCGGGGCCUGCCCCCGGCCGCGGGGCCCCAAGCCGCUGCGCCCCUGGACGCCCCCGCGCGCCCGGCCGCGGCCAGUGCGGGCCACCGCAGCCCCUCCGACGGCGCCCGCGACGACGACGAGGACGUCGACCAGCUCUUCGGAGCCUACGGCGCCAGCCCGGGCCCCGACCUCGGCCCCAGCCCGGCGCGGCCGCCCGCCAAGCCGCCCGAGGAGGAGCUGGGCGCCGACGGCUACGAGUCCGACGACUGCACCGCCCUGGGCACGCUGGACUUCAGCCUCCUCUACGACCAGGAGAGCAACGCCCUCCACUGCACCAUCAGCAAGGCCAAGGGCCUGAAGCCAAUGGACCACAACGGGCUGGCGGACCCCUAUGUCAAGCUGCACCUGCUGCCAGGAGCCAGUAAGGCAAAUAAGCUCAGAACAAAAACUCUCCGAAACACUUUGAACCCCACGUGGAACGAGACCCUCACUUACUACGGGAUCACGGAUGAAGACAUGAUUCGGAAGACCCUGCGGAUCUCCGUGUGCGACGAGGACAAGUUCCGCCACAACGAGUUCAUCGGGGAGACGCGAGUGCCCCUGAAGAAGCUGAAGCCCAACCACACCAAGACAUUCAGCAUCUGCCUGGAGAAGCAGCUGCCGGUGGACAAGACGGAAGACAAGUCCCUGGAGGAGCGGGGCCGCAUCCUCAUCUCCCUCAAGUACAGCUCGCAGAGGCAGGGCCUGCUGGUCGGCAUCGUGCGCUGUGCUCACCUGGCCGCCAUGGACGCCAACGGCUACUCAGACCCCUACGUGAAAACAUACCUGAAGCCAGAUGUGGACAAGAAAUCCAAACAUAAGACAGCAGUAAAGAAGAAGACCCUGAACCCAGAGUUCAACGAGGAGUUCUGUUACGAGAUUAAGCAUGGGGACCUGGCCAAGAAGACCCUGGAGGUCACCGUUUGGGAUUAUGACAUUGGAAAGUCCAACGACUUCAUUGGUGGUGUGGUUCUGGGCAUCAAUGCCAAGGGCGAGCGCCUGAAGCACUGGUUUGACUGCCUGAAGAACAAGGACAAGCGGAUUGAACGCUGGCACACGCUCACCAACGAACUCCCGGGGGCCGUGCUCAGCGACUGAGCGGCCCCCCUCCACUGCACCUGCCCUUGCUGUCACUGGCCCCACACAGGCCUGGCCCUGGGCUUCCUCAGCUGCCACCAAGGGCCUCAGCCCCACACUGGGGGAGAUCCAGGACACCUACUCGGACACAGGACCACUGCAGCCCCCUCUUGGAGGCCGUGGAGGACCCAGCCACUCCGAAGGACCAGGGCCAGGCCUGCUCUCAGCCCCUAGGGCCUGAGGGGGCCCGAGGCGGGGGAGGAGCUUGGCCUCAGCACCCACCCCGGGGACAGGAAUGCGGCUGCCCAGGGGCCAAGAACCCUACUAGAGGUCAGCAGUAAGUCACAGGGGACCCAGGCUGAGAGAACAGGAGGGCAGGGCACCUUGGUGGGGCCAGUGGGAACUCCGGAGAGAGACGCUAGGAAGAGGGGCGUGGGG